UCAAAGAAAAGAAAAAUGGUCAUAUCAUCAACAACAAUUUCAUCAUCAUCAUCAUCAUCGAUAUCAUCACCGGGACAAUUUGCACCUGGUACAGGUACAGGAACAACAACAUCAACACCAACCGCAGCACCAGCAACAACCACGACGACCAACACAACAGCUUCAACGGUAGCUGUUGCUGGAAAUAUAUCCACAUCCGUCACAAAAACGAUUGGAAAUUCAACAAAUAAUGAUUUGGUCGAUGUUGUUUUCGUUAUUGAAGCAACAGCACAUAUUAGUCCAUAUGUUGAAAGUUUAAAAACCAAUUACAUUAUUCCCAGUAUUGAAUAUUUCAAUGGAAUUAAUGGUAUCAAUGGUAACAGUGAUGAUCGUUUCAUUGAUUUUGGUGGCCACGUAAAUUAUUCAUCAUCAACUUUAUAUGGUUUAGUCACAUUCAUGUCAAUGGAUUGUCGUCCAGAUUCUGCAUCAUUUUGUUAUGCACCAACAUCGAAUUCGAAUACAUUUCUACAAUAUUUAGAACGAAUACAAUUUAUUGGCGGUGCUGGUGAUUCUUCUAGCCAUAUUGUUGAAGGUAUUUGUACGGCUAUUAGUUUGUUUGAUGAUUGUCAAAAUCUUCGUGAUAAAUGUCAAAAAGAACGGCUACAAUAUGAUUCGAAUGGCUGUGGUGAUAAUAAUGGUCGACAAUCACCGGCACCGGUAAAUAGUAAAAAAUAUCUAAUUCUUAUUUGUAAUUCAACACCAUAUAUGGAACCUGCAUAUGAAAAUCCUGUUUAUUGUGGUUAUACUAUUGAUCAAUUAAUGAAUGUAAUGAUUGAAAAGGGCAUUCAUUUCAGUGUUUUCUCACCACGUAAAAUGAAAUUCCUAUAUAAAUUAUUCGAAAAAGGUGGUGGUAAAUUGUCUACAGCAUUGACAAAAAAUUAUGCUAAAGAUCGACGACAUUUAGUCCUGUUGAAUGGUAUUCAAUUACAGGAAAAAGAUAUUAGUCCAAUGUCACAACCACCAUCAUCAAGUCAGCCUGUACCAGCAAUCGAACAGCAGCAACAGCAACAAGAUAAAUGUCAACAACAACAACAACAACAGUCACAGAUUGUGCAGGGAAUUAAACGACCAUUAUCUCCGUCAUCAUCAUCAUCAUCGCAUCAAACUAUUCCAGUAUCACAACCACAGCCGCCUACUUCUCAAUCAACACUUUUAGGUCCACAACAAACAAUGUUGACUAAUCCGAAUCAAAUGAUGGCUAUUAAUCGUCCUCAGAUAGAACAGCAAACUGUACAACAACAACAAUCGAAUAAUCUGGUUCAACAAUUUGGACAACAACAACAACAACAACCACAGUCUCAGCAGCAACAACAACUAGGAAUACGACAAGUUGGAUCACCAUCGCUUGGUGGUCAUUGGAAUAAUGGUGCAACCAAACAGGUACCAUCACCUGUAUCACAAAUAUCGGUUCGUACACAAUUACCACAAUCAGUUCGACAACGUGUACCAACACCACAACCAUCAUCUGUUGCUAAUCAAAUGUCAAUGAAUCAACAACAACAGCAACAAACAGCUCAGCAGUCACAGCAAACACAAUUACCGGGCCUAGUACCACCACAACAACAUCAAAAUGUACGUCCAAUGAAUGUUCCUCAACAACAACCACAAACAAUGAUUAGACCCGUUUCAAAUGGUGUUAAUACAAUGCGUCCACAACCAUCACCAUUUUCACAAACGGCUGUACCAUCACCAUCACAGCCACAACAAUCACCAAUGAUGAGAGGAACGGCAGUUAUGUCACCAAUGAAUCCGGUACAAUCACCAAUGUCACAAUCACAACCUUCACAACAACAACAACAAUUCAUUCAACAACAACAACAAUCACAAAUGAAUCAAAUGUCUCAUCAUCCACAUACACAACAACAACAACAGCAACAGCAGCCACAACAACAACAACAACCAGGACAACAAGUUACAAUGAAUACAGCUGUAUCACAAGGACAAAUGAUGAAUAUUUCCGGUACAACAAUGCCACCAACAACAAUGUCAACAUUGAUGAGUCAAAAUCAUCAACGUACACGUAUAUGGAAUGGUGUUAUUGAAUAUACGGACAAAGCACAAUCGAUGGCUAAUCCACUGUCGAAAAUUAGCUAUUCAUUGGAAUGUCAGAUAACUUAUCAACCAAAUAAUAAUGAACCAGAAUUCAAAGCAGAUAAAUGGCCCGAUAAAUUGGUUCUGUGCACAGUACCUAAAACAUUGAUGAAUCGUCUGUCACCAAUAUUCAAAAAUAAUUCCUAUCAGGUUCAUUUUCAUUUUCCAAAUGAAUCACAAGGUUUACAAUUACUUUGUAAAGCUAUGGGUUCGAUGGUUGGUUGUAUACAAUUGACAACACCAGCAAACAUACGUAUCAUAAUUGUUUUUUAUUUGCCCGAUAAAAAAUUAUUCCUUGGAUUUAUUCCCCAUAAUCAAGAAGAAUUUAUGUCAUCGAUGAAAGAAUUGGUUGAAACACAUAAAAAAGAACAAAAUGUUAAACAAAAAAUGAUUUUACAAAUGCAACAACAACAACAGCAGCAGCAGCAGCAGCAAAAUUCAAAUAGUGGUGGUGGAAGUGGCGCUGGACCAUCAACAUUAAUGCCAAAUCAAGUUCAACAACCAUCAAAUCAACAGAUUGUUCAUCAGAUGAGUACCGGACCAAACGGUAAUCAAAUUGUACAGAUUAUUCAUCAACAACAAGGUCACCAUCAACAACAUGGUGGCCAACAACAACAACAACAACCACAAACGACAAUGAUUCAAACUGGAAAUAAUUCAAACAAUCAAAUGUUUCAAGUACAAAUACCUACAUUGAAUAAUAAUCAACUGCAACAACAACAGCAGCAGUCGCAGCAACAACAACAAAUGACAUCAAUGGCAUCAAAUAUAAUUCCAUCGAAUGUACAGAUGAUAAAUACAACACAAUCAACGACAAUGGCUAAUGUUAAUAAAAAUUUUCAGAUACCGAAUUCAAAUGUAACAAUGGUAACAACCAGUACCGGUUGUAUACCGGUUUCAAUCAAUUCAUUUGUACAGGUUCAAUCUGGACCACAACAACAACAACAGCAACAACAAUUUCAGAUAAAUCAACAACAGCAACAAUCAAAUGCUAUGAAUACUGGAACAGCUACAAUGGUUACAAUACAACAACAACAACCGAAUACUAAUAAUCAAAAUAUUCAACAGGCUAUCCAACAACAACAACAACAAUCACAGAAUGGUGUACGCCAUCAUCUUCAACAACAAAUACAACAAAAACAGCAACAACAUAUUCACUUACAACAAUUACAACAACAUCAGGCUGGAAAUAUUAAUUUACAACAACAACAACAACAAAUGAAUAAUAAUACAAAUAAUGUACCAGUUUCAGCUGUUGCAACACCUGCAACAACAACACAAUUACGUUAUCUUCUUCAACAACAACAACAUCAUCAACAACAACAACAAAUGCGUACAAUGAAUCCAGCUACACAACAACAACGAUUAAAUAUACAACAAACGCAACAGAAUCUUCAACCACAACAACAACAAAUUAUGCUUCAACAACAACAAUUUCGAUUACAACAACAGCAGCAGCAGCAACAAAUUUCUCAGAAUACAAUACAAAUUCAAAAUCAACAGGUUGUCUCACAACAACAACAACAGCAGACAAAGCAGACUCAAACAACAACAACGACAGACUGGAAAUUAUUUUGGUGA